AAUACUGGCGGGGCAUUGUAAAGUUUACCGAGGACCGAUAGCUUUAACAACAAGGUGUUUACCGAAAUGUUUCAACGGAAGCGUCGCUUGAUUUGAUUUUGAAAGCAAUCGGAUUACGCAAAUGACAACGAGGACUUUAAUACGCACGCGAAUUAAAGUAUAAGAGCAAAUUAAGUAAAAUAAAGUCGGUUUUAGCUCAAUUGUAAGUUGACAGUUGAGCUAAUGUGGAUCGCGCUGCGUUGUUGUGAGCUAACCGCCUUUGCCCAUCGGGGCUGAAGCGAGAUGAGCUCUUCACGGGAGAUCAAACAGCUGCAGAAAGCAAAGAGCAAAGCGCAGAGCAGCAACAAUUUACGAGAGGAAGCAAACAUCUGCAAUCUGCUGGGAGAACUGCUGGCCAGAAGCGGUGAUUAUGAAUCUGCCAUAAGGGAGCACCAGCAGGAGCUGUCUCUCUCCGAGGUGCUCAACGAUGUGAUAGGACGAGCCGUGGCCCAUCGUAAGAUAGGAGAAUGCUGCGCGGAGAUGGGAAACAUUGAGGCUGCUCUGAAAAACCAGCAAUGUCACCUGGACCUGGCUCGCUCAGUCGGAGAUUACGCUGAGGAGCAAAGGGCGCUGGCCACUAUUGGGAGAACCUACCUCUUCCGUUACGAAUCGGACCAAUCGAAGAACAGUCUGAGUCAAGCGGAGGAAGUCUUCAAGAAGAGCCUGUGCAUCGUGGAUGAGCAUCUUGAAGGGACCGUGCCAGAGCGAGAGAUUAGGGAGAUGAAGGCACGCCUCUUCCUCAAUCUCGGACUGGUCUGUGAUCAUCUAGGGGAGCACAAACGCUGCAGCGAGUUCAUCAGACGAAGUGUCUUUAUCGCAGAAAAGAGUCAUUUGCUGGAGGAUCUCUACCGGGCAAACUUUAACCUGGGCAACAUUUACUUCCGUCACGGUCAGUGGUCUAAAGCCGUGCGCUGCCUUGAGCAGGCCAAAGAGUGCGCAAGGAAGAUCAAAGACAAGUUCAGCGAGAGCGAGUGUUUUCACUGCAUCGGCAAGGUGCAGCUGUCUUUGGCUGAUUUUGUGGCAGCUAGACGAUCUCUGAAGAAAGCGGUUCUUCUGGGCUCCCAGCAGCCACUAGACCGUCAAACAGUGAAGCGCGCUUUCAAAUAUGGUAUUCAGAGUCUUUAUGAUUACUGUGAUUUAUCACUUCUUCCCCCCCCACGGAGAGCUGACGGAGUGGUUUGUUUCAAUUUUAUAGCGGAUCUGGGUUGCAAACUGGAGGAGGAGCUGGGGGAGGAUCCGGUCAAAGGUCUUGGCUCCCAUCGCGCCGUGGGCCUGGCGGAGCGGCUGGGGGACCUUUACUGUAAGGUCGGCUGCUACGGCAAAGCUCUGGAUGCAUAUCAAGCUCAGCUGGCGGGCGCCGAGGCGUUGGGGAAGCCCGCGAGGGAGCUGGCUGUCAUCCACGUGUCCCUGGCUGCGACCUACACGGACCUCAGACAGCACAGCAAGGCGGUGGAGCACUACAGGCAGGAGCUGGCUCUGCGACAGGGCAGCCCCACUGAGGAGUGUGGUACCUGGCUGAACAUCGCAGCAGCUCAGGAAGAGAGCGGCUGCUCUUUGGAGGAAAUAGAGAGCAGCUACGGCGCGGCCGCCGACUGCGUUCAGAAGGCCGGACAAACCAGACUUCAGAAACGCGCGCUGAGGCUCUGGCUGGCGGCGCAGAGACGGCGCGGCUCCUCGGGGGCGGAGGACACUGAGGCGAGGCUGCAGGAGCUGUGUGCAGCGGAGGGCUGGUGUCCAGAUGGAAGCGAUGGUGAGGGCGAUGAAGAGGAGGAGAUGGACAACAGUGAACCUCUGGAUGACAGCGACGUCGUCCUCUCAGACUCAGACGAUGAUUUGGAAGGUUAUGACAAGAUGGUGUCAGGAAGAAGGAAGGCAGGAAGGUGGAACAAGAGGAACGAGAAGGGCGAGACAACUCUGCACCGAGCUUGUAUAGACGGGAACCUCAAGCAGGUCCAGUAUCUGGUGGAACAAGGACACCCAGUGAACCCCAGAGAUAAUUGUGGCUGGACACCCCUUCAUGAGGCCUGCAACCACGGUCACUAUGACAUUGUGUCGGUGCUUCUGGAAUACGGCGCUAACAUUAACGAUCCUGGAGGACCCUCGUGUGAGGGGGUGACACCUCUGCACGAUGCCCUCUCUUGUGGGCAUUUUACAGUUGCAAGACUCCUGGUGGAGCGAGGGGCUUCUGUCACGCAACGCAACUCUAAGGGGGAGACGGUCAUGGACACCCUGCAUAAGUGGCAGCGGACAUACAGGAGGGAGUUGGACGAGGACACCAAGCAGGAGUGCGUCACUACAGAGGCAGUGCUAAGGAAGGCUCUUGCAGGGGGAGUAACCGCCGCUCCGACCCCAGCCAAGGCGUUUGGUGCGCUGCAGGACAGCCAGCUGUUUGAUGCUGAGAUGUCGGAGCCGCUGCUGUCCUCUGGAACGGGUUGUCCCUCCAGCCAAGACCGGCCCCGGACCAACAGGAGUACCGAGGUGAAGGCGGCGCCUGCCAGCCCGACGCGGUGGAAGAGCAAUGGCUCUGCGACGCGGCACAGAGCCAGAGGAACAGAGGCUGCUGUCCUGUACGGGAAUCAGAGCAGCUCCUCAGAAGACAGCGACAGCGACUGCCCGGUGAGUCCUCUCCAUGCCGUACGCCCCAGACACGCCUUCCCAGCAGCCCCGAGUCAAAAGGAAGCCCCGGCACACCGGGAAAACAACGCGGCCCCCAACUCCGGUCGAGAAAGUCUGCGGGAGGCACCCGGCCCAUCUGUGUUUGCGCGGGAGGAGUAUCACAGUGCCAUUCGAGGCGUAGGCAGCGCCAAGACCCUUCUCCAGGGUCUGUCCCAGCCCCAGUACUCCAGCACAGCCGCCGUUCCAUCCAGCAACAAAUCAGCCCUGGUUCCCGAGGAGGAGUAUCUGGCUGAUGACUGGCUGGAGGAUGAUUUGGGGGAAAUCCAGCCGAAGAAGAAGAGGCGGCUUGGAGCGGAUCAGAGUGAGAUGAGACGGGAGGACACUGCUUUAUCCUCAUCAGCAAGAAGCCAAAACCGGCUCUUUAACUCUGACACAGCCAGCAGAAUUGCCUCAUCCUCCAGCAGGAGUCUCUCUGUGAAAAAGAACAGCUCUCUGAAGCCUCACCAGGUGAAAAUGACUCAGAUGCCAGGGAUGGUCAGGUUGGGCAGGCGAGAGGUCAACAGGUCACACAGCCCAACAGUUACAGACGACGAGGACAUGAGACCGGAAACUCCACCCCCCCCACAAAUACUCCUGCAGUUUCAGCCUCCAGCUCAAUGUGUUGCUGCUUCCAUGCAGAGAUCACUGCCUCCACCAAUCAGAAUGAGGGUCAGAGUUCAGGAAGAUGUUUUCCUCAUCCCAGUUCCACAAAGGGAGGCGGACUCCUGCACUGUGUCCUGGCUGUGCGAGCAGGCCGCUCAGCGGUAUUACCAGAAAUGUGGCCUCCUGCCUCGCCUCUCGCUGCAAAAGGAAGGUGCUCUGCUCUCCCCUCAGGACCCCCUGCUGGCUGUCCUACACACCAAUGAAGAGGUUCUGGCGGAGGUUUCCUCCUGGGAUCUGCCUCCUCUCCCGGAGCGCUAUAAGAAAGCGUGCGACAGCCUGGCAGUGGGUGAGAACAAGCGCGUGACCCGGCUGUGCGAGGUGCAGGACGGGAGCUCCUCCGUGUCGGUUUGCGGCCUCAGCUUGGCGGCCUCCUGCCUCAACCCGCUCCUCCGCGCCCUGAAACUGCAGGCCAGCCUCACCGAGCUGCGUAUUUCCGGCAACCGCCUCCACGACAACCUCGUCCCCGAGCUGGUCGCCGCUACGAUAACCAUGCCUCGGCUUCGGCUGUUGGACAUUUCUGCCAAUGGCAUCACAGGGGACGGGCUGGAGAAGGCAAUAGAUGCUUUAAAGGGACAGAGUCAUCCUGCGUUCCCGUGCCUGGAGGAGCUUGACCUGAGCAUGAACCAGCUGGGGGACGGUGUGUCCGAGAGUCUGUCCUGUCUGUUGUCCUGCUGCCCUCUGUUAGCCAAGCUGUCCCUGCAGGCCUGCGGCCUCACCGCUCGCUUCCUGCAGCAGCAUCGCCUGCUGCUGGCCAACGCUCUCACAGGAACCGGCCAUCUGAAAUCGGUGUGUCUAUCCCACAAUGCACUGGGCUCCACUGGCUUUGAGCUGGUGUUAAAGACUCUGCCGCUCCACUGUCUCACACACCUGGACCUGUCUGCUGUCUGCAGGGGUCCGGCAGACUAUCCGGCGCUGGAGCACCUUGCCAAAAUCCUGUCACAGGAUGAGUGUUCGCUGACCCACCUGAGCCUGGCAGCAAACGGGUUGACGGACAGCAGCGUGGCCACCUUGGCCAGGUUGCUGCCUUCAUGUCCCAGUCUGGUGAGUCUGAACCUGUCGGGUAAUCCGUCCGUUACUUCGGCAGCGCUUCACAACAUUCUGAUCUCACUCAGAGAGGCCCGUCGACCUCUGACCCUUCUCAACCUUCAAGGUUGUGAGGUGUCUGGCCCCUGGGACGGUGCAGGUCUGGCUGGUUUGUCGGAGCUGGUGAAGGAUCUCCGUCUUUGCUCUCAGGGACUAAACAAGCUGGACCGGCAGGCGUUGAAGCAGAGCUGGGAAACGAGUCGGUCGCGCGGACGCUUCGUUGACCGAAACAGCAAGUGUCUGCUCUCCGCUGACGCCCCUUCUUGAGAGGGGGGGUGGGAAACUGAAAUGUGUCAGACAGCGGCGGAUCGUGAAGCGCUCACACCCAAUUAUGAGUCGUGAGGACAUGAACACACAACUUGUGCCACAAAGUUGCUUUUCCUUUAUGAGUCUGCUUCGUUAGCAAGUUGAGGCUGCACAGUUAAAUCUUCGAAAGGAGCAAACUGCCAGUGGCAUGGAAUCCACGGACGUCCUGUGCAUAUGCCUCUAUUUUGUACUCCUUAUUUAUGUGUGUUUGUGAUAGUCUUACGUUUGUUCUGUGGGCAGCAGAGUGUUUGUGUUGUGAUGCCCCCACUAGAUACUGGAUUGUACUAUUUAAUAAAAAAAAAAACAUUAAAAAGAUUCAUGAUA